CCUUUGGCUCGCGCCGGCCCCGCCCCCCGCGACCCGGAACCUUGCUCACUGUUGAGAGGUCUCCGGGUAGCAGUGCAGUAUUGUCACCUGACUCCGGUCUCAGUCCUUCAUGGCUGCCGCGCUGCUCGCCCGAGCCUGCGGCCCUGUCCGCGGAGCUCUCUGGCCUCGGGACUGUCGUCGCUUGCAUACCAUCUUCCAGUCUGUGGAACUGCCUGAGACAUACCAGAUGCUGCGUCAGACAUGCCGGGAUUUUGCCGAGAAGGAGCUGGUUCCCAUUGCAGCCCAGGUGGACAAGGAACAUCGCUUCCCGGAGGCUCAGGUGAAGAAGAUGGGCGAGCUGGGGCUCAUGGCCAUGGAUGUGCCCGAGGAGUUAAGUGGUGCCGGCCUGGAUUACCUGGCCUACACCAUCGCCAUGGAGGAGAUCAGCCGGGGCUGCGCCUCCACCGGAGUCAUCAUGAGUGUCAACAAUUCUCUCUACUUGGGACCUAUCCUGAAGUUUGGCUCCAAGGAGCAGAAACAGCAGUGGAUCACUCCUUUCACCAGUGGUGACAAAGUUGGCUGCUUUGCCCUCAGUGAACCAGGGAACGGCAGCGACGCGGGGGCUGCUGCCACCACCGCCCAGGCAGACCAUGACUCGUGGGUCCUGAGUGGCACCAAAGCCUGGAUCACCAACGCCUGGGAGGCCUCGGCCGCCGUGGUCUUCGCCAGCACGGACAGAUCCUUGCAGAACAAGGGCAUCAGCGCCUUCCUGGUUCCCAUGCCGACGCCUGGGCUCACGCUAGGGAAGAAAGAGGACAAGCUGGGCAUCCGGGCCUCAUCCACCGCCAACCUCAUCUUUGAGGACUGUCGCAUCCCCAAGGAGAACCUGCUGGGGGAGCCUGGCAUGGGCUUCAAGAUCGCCAUGCAAACCCUGGACAUGGGCCGCAUCGGCAUUGCCUCUCAGGCCCUGGGCAUUGCCCAGGCCGCCCUGGACUGUGCUGUGAACUAUGCUGAAAACCGCAGGGCCUUUGGGGUGCCGCUCACCAAGCUCCAGGGCAUCCAGUUCAAGUUGGCGGACAUGGCCUUGGCCCUGGAGAGUGCCCGGCUGCUGACCUGGCGCGCUGCUAUGCUGAAGGAUAAUAAGAAGCCAUUCAUCAAGGAGGCGGCAAUGGCCAAGCUGGCUGCAUCGGAGGCUGCAACUGCCAUCACCCACCAGGAAUGGCGAGUCUUCUCCCUCCUGAGACCCUGCUUUCCACUUUAGGCCAUGCAGAUCUUGGGUGGCAUGGGCUAUGUGACAGAGAUGCCUGCUGAGCGGCACUACCGUGACGCCCGCAUCACUGAGAUUUACGAAGGCACCAGUGAGAUCCAGAGGCUGGUGAUCGCCGGGCACCUGCUCAAGAGCUACAGGAGCUGAGCCCUCUGUAGGGCCAACCAGUGCCCUCCGGAGGCAGGGCUGGCCUGAGGGUCACGGGAGAGGCGGCGGAGCCAUGUGCCUUUACCCUGACUCCAAGUCAGGGGGCCACGCCUCCUCUUGCCAGGACUCCCCCAGAACCCAGCCCUUCUGGGUGGACCUGCCACUCUCACCCUCAUCCACCCGGGAAUAGACUGCCAGGGAGCACAUCUCAGAGGAAGGAAAGGUGGGCCUGUGACCUGGCCUGAGGACCCCCAUCUUCAGCUCAGUUUCUUGGCUUUGCUCCCUCUCACCAUCACCUGUGCCUUAUUUUCUUCAUCUGGAGGCAGGGCCGUGGAAAGAGCGAAAUUAUCACUCAGGGACUCCCCAGCUCUGUUCUUUGUGUCCUGGUGCUCAGCAUGAGACCCAGGUGUGACUGCUUUUGGCAGUGUCUGCUUUUUCCCCUGAGGUCAGAGUUCGGGAGGAGUAGUUUGGGGGCCAGAAUGACCAGGCUUCAAAGCAGCAGAAAUUGUGUUCUCAGGCCUCUGGCAGUCUUGGGGUUGGAUCAUUGUGGAAGCUGCCCUGCCCUGCGCCCCUUUAACCUUUUUUUGUCAGGUGUAAAUAAGUGAUUGGGGCCAGUCACAUGUGGGAACUAAGUAAUAAAGCAUACCUGUCCCUAAUUGUCA